AUGUCCUCCAACGUCGGUCUCUCCACACCCCGCGGCAGCGGUACAUCAGGCUACGUUCAACGCAACGGCGCCUUCCUCAAACCCCGCGCCGCAGGUUUCGGCGCACCCUACCCACCCGUAACCGGUGCCAACGGCACCCCCGACCGCGCCUUCAAACAACGUCUCCCAGACAAGCAAAUCCUCGAACACGACCGCCGGCGCGCAAUCGAAGUAACCGUCAUGGAAGAGCGCGAGCGGUUAGAAGAAGAGAAUGAGCGCAUCGAAGAGGCGCAAGCCAAGGCUAAGAAGUCUUCCAAGCCUGCCAGGGAAGACAAAGAAGAUGGCGAGGAAGAUGAAGACGAGGAUGAGGGGGAGCGCGUGCUUACGGAGGAAGAGAUUGAUGAGCGGUGCGAGGCGUUGCGCCAGCGUCUUGUGAAGGAGAUGGAGAAGGAGACGGCGGAGGGUGGUGCGGGGGCGUCUGCGCGUGGGAAGAAGAUGGCGCCUAGGGAUCGGAGGAAUAUUAAGGCUUAUCAGGUGCAUGAGCUUGCGGAGGCGAAGAUUGAGGAGAGUGAGCGGUUGCGGAGGGCGUUGGGGAUUCGGGAGGAUCGGGAGACCGGGGAGAUUAGUAGUCGGCGGUUUGAGAGGCGACGAGACUAA